AUGAAGGCGCGACAGUUCCUGAAUGUUGUGAUGGAGAGGUAUGGCACUGGCGGUGCCGGUGGCAGCUUGUAUACGGUCAGUCGCAUCAACGCCAAGGAACACCUCUUCUACCGAUCCACGGCCGAAGCACAGGCAGCAGAAAAAUCAAGGUUCGAUAUGGAGUGCCCAUCAUCAGCCGUUGUGCCACCAUGGAUGGAGACCAUCUCGCGGAUGCCUCCGUCCAAGCUCAGAUUCGAGCGGUCCACCUCAGACAACAAAAGACUGGAUUUCCUGCCCUUCCAUGAACGAGGCAGCGGUGCUGCGAGCAAGAUCCUCUGCGUGGACGCCGCUGGCCACACCGCCCUAUACGACAUGGACGCCGGUUCGGUCCAGCCAAUUCCAUGCCUCAACAGUCCCAAGGGGAGCAGGCCCAUCAGCUUCUCCACCACCAAUCCCGAAGCCUCUGACCGUGAACGUGCUGAUGCCUUCUACGUUAUGGGAAGGUUCCCUUCCAGCUAUGACCCCUACAACUUCGAGGUACUCAUGUACAGUAACCCUUCUAAUGGCAGGACGAUGAAAGGCUGGAAUUGGCUCAAGCUACCAACACCACCUGCCUAUGCUGACAAUUGCAUUGUCAAUUCCCAUGCGCUGCUUGAAAUUGAAGGUGACUCAAUUCUUGUUGUCUCCUCCGGAGAAGAAAGCCUUGGCACCUACUGCUUCAACACAGCCAGUCGCAAGUGGUUUAAGGCUGGCUCCUGGACACUGCCAUUCCUCAGUCGUGCUGUGCAUGUACCAGAGCUGGACAACCUCUUAUUUGGCAUUGCCAGCGAUGCACCCAACCACUUUUGUGCAAUGGGUAUCUCCCGUCUUCUCUCGAAGAGGUGUCCACCUUUAGUGUACAGUUGGCCACACCUUGAUCUGCCCGAGGACUGGAUAAUGCAAGAUUGCAGCUUUGUGUACUUGGGAAAUGGGAGGUUUUGCAUCACCAAAGUCUUUGAGUUUGGUCUGGACGAAGACACUGGCAACACGACUGAGAUGGGUGCUGUGAUGUCUGGCGUGGAGGUAGUGCAUCACAAGAAGUCUGGACUCAUCAUGGUCAACCAUAGGUCCAAAUUCUACAGGUUCUUCAGGGAUGACAUCCAAUGUGUCUUGUAA